UGCAUCUGCUCGGGCGGAAGGAACCCGGCUCCGGUUCGAUUGGUCUCCAUUCAUCUCUUUAAUCUUGAAGACUUCAAAAUAUAUUUGGAUCUACCACCUUUUUUUUUUUUUAAAGAACUUCUCUACCAAGCAAUAAGUCAUCCACUGUGUUCUUGUUAUAGCAUAGCUCCUUUUGAGUUUUCCAAGUCUAAACAAGAUUUUCUUUCAUUUUCCCAUGAAGCCACAUUAUUGCUUAUUCAUCUUAGUGGUAACUGUUACUGUGCCAGCUGCUUUUGAUUUGGAGGAUGUGGACUUCAACCAAAUGGCCCCACCAGAAGCAAAUCGCAGUUCUUACAAUGCAUCAUUUCUCCCAAGCUUUGAGCUCUCAGCAGGUUCCCAUUCAGGUGAUGAUGUCAUCAUAGCCAAAGAGGGAACUAGUGUUUCAAUUGAAUGCCUUCUCACAGUUGGUCACUAUGAAGAUGUUCGUUGGUACAACUCAAAAGGACAACAACUCGAUGGUGGAGACAAAGGCGGAAAAUGGUUGAUUUCUGAUAACUUCCUAAAUAUCACAAAUGUAGCCUUUGAUGACCGUGGGCUCUACACGUGUUUUGUCACCUCUCCAAUUCGUGCCUCCUACUCUGUCACCCUACGUGUGACCUUCACCUCGGGAGACAUGAGUGUCUACUACAUGAUUGUGUGCCUAAUUGCCUUUACAAUCACUCUGAUCUUGAAUGUCACACGGCUGUGCAUGAUGAGCAGCCAUCUUCGCAAGACCGAGAAGGCCAUCAAUGAAUUCUUCAGAACAGAAGGAGCUGAGAAACUUCAGAAGGCCUUUGAGAUUGCAAAACGCAUCCCCAUCAUCACCUCAGCCAAGACUCUGGAGCUCGCCAAAGUCACUCAAUUUAAGACCAUGGAGUUUGCUCGCUACAUUGAAGAACUGGCAAGAAGCGUUCCUCUUCCACCUCUUAUUCUAAACUGUCGGGCGUUUGUUGAGGAGAUAUUUGAGGCUGUGCGAGUAGAUGACCCUGAUGAUAUGGGAGAAAGAAUUAAGGACAGACCUGCCUUGGAUGCUCAAGGUAGCAUCUAUGUGAUUAACCCAGACAUGGGGCGGAGUAAUUCACCAGGAGGAGAUUCAGAUGAUGGUUCUCUGAAUGAACAAGGCCAAGAGAUAGCAGUUCAAGUGUCCGUCCACCUUCAGUCAGAAACCAAAAGUAUUGAUACAGAUUCUCAAGACAGUAGUCAUUUUAGCCCACCUGAUGAUACAGCAUCCGCUGAAUCCAGCCUUAUCCACAAAGAUGGGGCAUAUGAAUACUGAUAUCAGUAAGCUAACCAGUACCUAUAAAAACAGCUCUCAGGAAAAGAACCUGGUUCUUAGAGGAAAUAACAUUUUUACCAAAAGAUGACUGGGGUUUUUCCCUUGAAUAUUAAGCACAGAAGACAAACUGCUAAAAUCUUUGUAAAAAUGCAGCAUUUUUCCUGAUACUUCUCAGUCAUUUUCCUUAGCUUGAUUAAGUGUUGCAUGUUAAGAUUUAAAGGAGCCUGAGUGGUAAACAUGACAGGAAGAAUCCCAUGAUUUUCUUUCUGGUCACAGUUCUUACAUUGGUCAGAUACAACACUUCAGUUGAGCCCUGAGUUUUCCCAUCUAAUGAUGAGGGAUUUGCAUUAGAUGAGACCUAAUGAAAAUUAGAUCAAAUGCUAAUUAUUUCUAGCCCUAUAAACUGUUACAUUUAAACCAUAAAAAUCUUAAGCAUAUGUUUAAGAAAACCUUCCCCUGGACUUUUAAUCCUUCAUUUUGCAAAGGACCAAGCUGAGACUUUAUUCUGUGAUCUAGACAUCUCCACCAAUGCCAUAGCAUGCAGAGUGUAGAGAUUUUUCCAGUGUUCUGUCAUGAAGCUACCUGUACAUUUACAUGUACCAGGUUGAAUCUUUUCAGUGUAGCCCAUGACCAUGUUAUACAGAUAGCAGAGAGUAAACUGCACAGUAGAAAACUACUUUCCAUGAGUAAAGUGGUCCUUGUUGGAAGUAAAUCCUGUCUUUUUAACUUACUGAGACAUUAUUUAGUUCACUGAGGCUGGCAGUGAUUUCCCAACUUAUCCCUUCAAGUGAGCAGUCUGUUCCCAAGUAAGAACAAUGUCAAAUCGUCUGUCUCUGGUAAAUCAUGGAUUUGGAUGUAUCUUUUAAGAAUUCCUUAUGCUUUCCAUUUUUAAAAGUACUGGACUCUACAAAUGGGUUCUGUUUUUGGGAUCCCGUUCUAGGAUAAAGCUGAGAACUGCAUAUUCCUUUUUAGACCUCUUGUCAACACUGUUGCUCUCUGUAGUCUUCAAUAAGGUGCUAAAGUUUGCAUGCCUCUUUGUCUUGCUUGCUUUAUUUAUGUUUUAUUGUUAGUGAUUUUAUUUUUGUGUACUUCAGAUAUAUAAUUUUGAGCCAGGGCUGUCUUUGUGGCAUUUCUGGGAAGCACUUAACCUAAAAUAAGAUUAGAUAAUUGCUUUUGGUAUAUUACUGUAUUAAAAUACACACAGAUAAUCUAGACGUAAAGAAAAAGAAACAUAACGGAUGAUGCCACCUGAUUCAACUGUGUAUAAUAAACACUUAGGAUGGCAUUUCUUGCCUGGCUAAGAUCUGAUAUAAUAGAAUUGUAAAUACUCUUCAAAAUAAUUUCUUCAGCUACAGGAAGCUUGGUGCCGUAUAAUUUUAAGGACUUGGCAGUGAAACUCCAUUUGAUGCUUCACAUUUCUUCAUUUGGUUUCUGGUUAUUGAAGCAUUACAUGAACUGGAGGCUCCUGAGGGGAAUUUUCAGAGGAAGUUUUAUCAGGAUUUUAAUUUAAAGUUUCAAACAGAGAAGAUAAGAAAUUCAAAGUGUAACCAGUAGAAUUAGUGCCUCCCUUUGUCCAGGCUUAUCAGAACUGAUACAUCUGCUGUGGACAGCAUGAAUGAAUCAAUGUGCAGCUUUAUCAGAUAGCAUUAUGGAUAAGAUGAUAAUGCUGCCUUUUCUGUCUCUCAGGCUGUUUCCAUGGAAACCUCCAGAGCCAAACAAAAGCUACCAAUCAUUUAGCCAAAGCUUGCCUUGGCUCAUAGACAUGUAUUUCUUCAAGGAAAACUGUUUUCAUACAUUUGGCUAUGAGAGCAAGGGCUCUUGAACAUAUCCUUUUCCCUUCCCACAGUAUUUCUUUUAAAAUAAUAAAAGUUUCUUAAAUCCCUCAUGCUUGGUAAGUCUUCUGAAUAUCCCUGUAUUCCAUUGCUGCCCUAAUAUAGCAGGUUUGGGAUCAUUUCCUAGAGUGGAACUUGUUAUAUUAAAGACUGGUUUAUCCCUCAUCCUCAGAAAGGAUGUUAAUAGACAUAUUUAAUAAUCAAAGUCCUGGGAAACAGAACUUUGGAAAAACAUAAAAUACUGAAAAAAAACCUGUACGUUUACACAAUACUAUGAAAUUAAGUAAAUGCUACUCCACUGUAUCCUGGAUAUAUUUUUUAGAAGCAUAAUGGUAAAUGCCAGGCGUGUUGGUACAUGCCUGUAAUACCAGCACUAGAGUGGCAGGAGCAGGAGGAUUGUGAGUUUGUGGCCAGACUGGGCCACAUAGUGAGACCCUGUUUCCAAAAA